GUGGGACGAAGGUCAAGUGCAAAGGUCGUCCCGGCAUGUGUGUGUUUGUACGUCCCGUGCCGGAGGGAGCGAGAGAGGGAUCGACCUUUAACCCCAGCAGGAGACGGAGAGAGACAGUGAGUGAGGGAGAGUUUGUGUUAACUGUGUGUUUGUUUAAAUUUUUGUGUGCUCAGUGGAAACCAGAGUACUUUAGGGUCGCCAUGGUUAUCCUCAGACGGACGCCACUGCUUCGUUACCUGCUGCUGGCGGCCAUGUUGGCUCUGUUCCUCUUUGUCAGCUCCUUGUGGCUACCUCAAGGCGGAGUCAGAGACUGUGGCAGCACCUGGCAGCCAUGUAUACGUUCUUACCAACAAACGCCGGAACCUUCUCUGGCCCCUGAGGACUUCCUGCAGGAGGACGAACCCACGCUCAUCACAAAGGAGUGUCCGGGCCAGAAGUUCCAGGUCCGAGAGCUGCUGCUGCAUCUGAGGUCCAGUCUGUCAGACCAGGAGGACGAUGAUGUGCUUCUGGAGCCGUACCUGCAGAGCUGGGAUCAGCUCCUCAAUUUCAUGGAGUCUCUGGGGACGAUGGUGAGUUUAUUCUCCAUGAAGGUGAACGAGAAGGUCGUGCAGAUCCGAGCCCUGUCACUCAAACACAGUGCUGACGUCUAUCAGGGACAGACCCCCCCAUCGUUUGGACUCAAAACCGGGGUGAGACUCAGAACUCAUAUAAAACACGCCCUUGCUCACAAACAGAGCUGGUUUGAGGUCAGUUUGUAUCUGUGUUUCCUCGAGGCGUACCGCUCGGUUCGAUCCAUGGUGGAGGCGGAGCUGAGAGCGGGCGUGGUGGACUUCUCCCGCCACACGGACUCGGGCUGCCGGACGCUGCUGAGGCUGCAUCGGUCUCUGCUGUGGCUCCAGCUGAUGUUAGAGGGUUUGUCUGAAGGACCCGACGCAGAGGGACAGUACAGGACCCCCGGAGAGCUGAGCAGAGACGCCUACCACGUGGCGUUGGCCCCCCACCACCCCUGGGUGCUCCGCCAGGCGGCCGAGUUCGCCUUCCUAGCCCUCCCGGACCGACAGUACUUCCUGCAGCUGGUGUGUGUUCAGAACCAGAGGGAGGCCACGCCCGUGCUGCGUGUCAUCAUCCACGCCCUGAUGCUCGUGCACACGCGAACUCAACGGAUCCUGGACGAACACAACAUGCUGGAGCUGCCGUGACGCCGACAACCGGGA